UGUAACCUCACUUGGUGAAACUGCGGUUACCAUGGUGAAAUUUGGUCGGCACAACACGGCUGAUGUGGCAUGAGAGAGGGAGAGAGAGAGGGCGGUGUUUCUCACUUUCGCUACACUGCCCAAUUUUGUAAGACAGGCAAAGGGUGCGCGUGAGAAAAGAGAAAGAGGAGUGUGUGCGGCGGUCUCGCGCUUAUAAUGGCUGCCAGGAAGAGCAGAGCAGAGGAAAAUCAGCUACACUGGGAAUAACAUCGUGCACAGGUGAAGAAGAAGAGGAUGGUGAGCAGUCAAGCCAAGUACGAGCUGAUCCAGGAGGUGGGCCGGGGCAGUUACGGUGUGGUUUACGAGGCAGCUGUACGGCAGACCGGUGCUCGAGUGGCUGUGAAGAAGAUCCGCUGUCACUCCCCAGAGAACGUGGAGCUGGCCUUGAGGGAAUUCUGGGCCCUGAGCAGCAUCCAGAGCCAGCAUCCCAACGUCAUCCACCUGGAGGAAUGCAUUCUCCAGAGAGACGGUCUCGCCCAGCGCAUGAGCCACGGCUCCAGCUCCUCGCUCUAUCUGGAAUUGGUGGAGACCUCCCUGAAAGGUGAGAUCACGUUUGACCCCCACUGCGCCUACUACCUGUGGUUCGUCAUGGACUUCUGCGAUGGUGGAGACAUGAAUGCCUAUCUCCUAUCCCGCAAACCCAGCCGCAAGACCAACACCAGCUUCAUGCUGCAACUGGGCAGCGCUCUUGCCUUCCUGCAUCGCAACCAGAUCAUCCACCGAGACCUCAAACCUGACAACAUUCUCAUCUCGCAGGGCAGGACCCCGGCCGGGUCCCCCGAACCAACCCUGAAGGUGGCUGACUUUGGCCUCAGCAAGGUCUGCUCCUGUUCGGGCCUGAACCCUGAAGAACCAGCCAGCGUCAACAAGUGUUUCUUGUCCACAGCUUGUGGGACUGACUUCUACAUGGCCCCUGAGGUCUGGGAGGGCCACUACACCGCUAAAGCUGAUAUCUUUGCUUUGGGGGUCAUCAUAUGGGCCAUGGUUGAACGGAUUACGUUUGUGGAUGUAGAGACUCAGAAAGAGCUUUUAGGGAGCUACGUACAGCAGGGGGAGGAUAUAGUCCCAUUGGGGGAGGCUCUGUUGGAGAAUCCCAAGAUGGAGCUUCACAUCCCGGCUCGGAAGAAGAGCAUGAACGCUGGCAUGAAGCAGCUGAUUCGAGAGAUGCUGUCCGCCAAUCCACAGGAGCGACCCGAUGCUGUUGAGCUGGAGCUCAGGCUGGUUCGGAUUGCAUGCAGGGAACUUGAUUGGGAUACGUGAAAGGACAGCAUCUUGGAGAUGGGGCAAACUUCUAGGACAAUGGAGCUUGAAGUGAACGUAAGAACAUAUGGUUUGGCCCUGUCCGAAAUGGCACACAAGGGUCUUGUGGUCUUCACUUGGGAGUGUCUGUGAAGAACGUAGGACAGGGAUAUCGAACCCUUCACCUGGACAGCUACUGUCUUGCAGACUUCAGCUCCAACCCUGCUCCCACACACCUGCCUGUAAUUUUCAGGUAACCCUGAACAACCUGAGUAGGUGGUUCUGGUAUGUUUGAUUUGGGUUGGAGCUGAACUCUUCAGGACGAUAGCUUUCAAGAAGCAGGGUUGGACACCUCCGCUGUAGGGUUUCCCAUUUGUCAGUUCAGUUCAGGCUCCAUUUGCUGAGCCCACAAUGGUUUGGACUUUUACCUAACAUUAUCUGUGCUGUGAAGAAUAGAUUUUUUUGAGGAAUACCGCAUAGGCUGAGGGUGCCGCUUGGGACAGGGCCUUUGUGGGCAGGAGUGGGUUUUUAGUGGGUGAUUGCACUGGUCCUUUGUUUUUUCUUGAUACUCUUACAGUUUCGUACAACUGAUUCAUUGAUGAUAAACAGCCUUUACAAUGUUAAAUGCUUAUUACUGUUUCACCUGUUCCCAAGCACAAUGUGACCUUCAUCGACAGUAGUCCAAGAGGUGUUUUACUGAUGGAAAAACAUCGGAUAUCCAACUUCCUUGUGUGACCCAGAUAAACAUAGAGGUCCACAGAAUUCUCAGAACAUUCCAACAUCAGAGAGCAUGUAGAUUAGGGCUGGGUGAUUAUAGCUAAAAGUAUAUAUUUGUAAAGUAUGAUUUGUAAGUAUAUUUGCUAACUGAUACUGUUUGAUUUUUCUUUGUUCAUGAAUUGGAAGAAAGCAUGCAAAAGUGGUCUACUGGCAUGGUCUUAAUGUCUAAAAACGGCAUUAAAAUCAUGGUCAGUAUUCAUAAUGUUUUAUGUUACCAACAACAUUGUGAAUAUAUCGUAUAUAUUCAAAUUAACGCCCAGCCCUAAUGCAGUUUUAAUACAGCACAGCAAAAAGACUCAAGGCUUCCAUCUUUCUUGGGAACUCUUUAGCUCUCUAUGAUAGCUGAUCUCACCUCACUCCUGGUGCUAAUUCAACCUUAAUGCAAAGUGGAAAACAUACAGCAAAUAACGGCUUCUUUUAUAGCCAUCUUGAUUUUUUUUUUUUUUUUUUUCACAGUCAUUUUAGGAGCUUUUUAACAACAGGAUCAAUAUCUGUUUUUCUGUGCUUUACACACAGAAGGGCUUCAGGGAGUUGUAUCACUCAAUUUAAAAACAUUUUCUACAAAAACAAAAAACUACAAGGCAAUAGUUUAUAUUGCGUCAAAAGACAUUAGGUAAAUUAUUCUGUAAUAUUUGUCAUUUUAAUAAAAAACACGAGUGCACUGAAGAUCAAAAUUUAAGGCAGUUCAGAUAUAGUAACUGACAGAUGGGAAUAUAAACACGUAUAUUCUGUCAGAAACUGAUUUUGGUGCUAAAGGCAGCUCUGUGUACGUGUGAAGGAUGUGCAUCCAUUUCAGAGAACCAGGUGUUAAACGAUUCAACAUAAAUGAAAGCCUUGAUUUGAGAAGCUGAGUUUUCUUCUCUCUGGAUUUUGGCUUGAUUAAAUUGGUGCUUAAUUAAGUUGGUGCUUUUCACAGAGAGGUAAAAAAAAAAAAAAAAAAUAGGGAAGUAUUUUAGUUUGUUUGGUCUGAGGCUUGCACUUUUUGCUACCCAUUUUCAAAAUUCUGGAUAUGUCUGACAGAUUGAACCAUGAUUUCUUUGAUAACAGGUUUGAAUGGUUGAGAUUGAUGAAUGCAGUCAACGCUACAAUUUGUGUAAAAAUCGAGAACAUUAAAUUUACUUCCUGCCAUGCUAUCAAACUUCCUGCCAAGCUUUCAAAGGCUUAGUUCACCCAAAAUAAAUAUCAAAAAUAAUUUUGAAAGAUAUUUUGAAGAAUUUGGGAAGCCAAAAUGUGUCUGGUCCCCAUUGACUUCCAUAUUUGAUUUUAUUUUAUCAGUGGUGACCAGCAACUGUUUUGUUACCAACAUUCAAAAUAUAUUUUGUGUUCAGCAGUAGAAAGGACUUCAGACAGGUUUGGAAUAGCUUGAGGUUGAGUAAAUGAUCAAUUUAAUUUUUGGGUGAACUAUCCCUUUAAGAAAAUGUUGCUGAUUUGAAUCCUACAUUCAUUGCUUUAAACAAAGUAACAUAAUUUGUACACUAUUUGUGGAAAGCACCAGGUGCUCUUUCAGACAGCAGAA